AUGAGUCAAACCUCGAACGACGAUCAUUUGACGCUCUAUUUUACUCCUCUACCUUGUUCACCUUAUUUAUGUUCGUCUAUAUCCUCAUCAUCUUCUUACAUGAUGUCGAACAGAUCAGUUAAAUUACCGGUGAAGAAGUUUCUAUGCGUAGAAAACGAUGCUCCAACCUGUAAAGAUGACAUGGCUCUUAAAAAUGGAGUAGUAGGUAAGAUGAUUUUCGAUCAAAUACUACCUGGAUAA